UCCCGUAGGCAACGGAGGAGAUAAAAUUCGGCGGCCGUCUUCUUCCUUCUCCUAAUCUGCCUGCCGUGCCUCCCCAACUCGCUCUUGCUGCUCCAAAUCUGCUCGACAAGCCGAAAAGGCGGCGCGGCGAGAUGACGGUGCAGAAGGUAGACGCGACGCUGGCCGACUUCAGCGCCCACUUCGACCGCCUCAUCGCCUCCCCCGCCGCGGCCUCCGACGGCAAGCUGAAGCUGCUGCUCUUCCUGGCGGACCGCGAGCCCGGCUCCUCCCUCACCUGGUGCCCCGACUGCAACGUGGCGGAGCCGGUGAUCUACGAGCGGCUGGAGGCCCUGCAGGGCAGGGACGCGGUGCUCCUGCGCGCCUACGUCGGGGACAAGCCCACGUGGCGCGACCCGGCGCACCCCUGGAGGGAGGACCCCAAGUUUGGGAUCAAGGGCGUCCCGACGCUGAUCCGGUGGGAGAACGGCGGCGCCGCCGCCCGGCUCGGGGACGAGGAGGCGCACCUCAAGGACAAGGUCGACGCGCUCCUCGGCGUCGGCGGCAACUGACGCGUCCGGUUUGCCGUCGGGAUCGAUCUGCCGAAUCGAGCAGAGGGGCUAUACUAAUCUGUAGUUGAGUUCAUGUAUGAGGAACCAGAGAGCCAGAGAGAAGCUGGGAAAUAAUAAUUAAGAUAUAAUAAUUCGACGGUGCUGUUAUGCUGUAUCUUGUUCUACGUUUGAUAGAGGAGCAGGAUUGUUCUACGAUUCUCAGGAUGAUUUCUCGUAAGUCUGCAGAAUCAUUUAUACUGGUGUUUGGAUCUUUAGUCCAGCCUAAA